AUGAUCUAGAAUAUCAUCAUAAACUACUUUUAAAAAUACGGCAAUAAAUAGAUAAAAAAGAUCGAAUUAAUAUUUUAGAUCUUCUCAGUUCAUAAAAUAGAUUAGCUCAAGUUAAUCACAUAAUAGAAUAAGAAUUAAUCCAAAGAUUAACUUAUUGAUUCAAUCAUUACUUCUUAAAUGCAGCAACUCUAAAAUUUAAUAAACUCUACUUUUUCAUUAAUAAUUACAUCCACUCCAAAUGAUAACCUUAAUAAAAAUAAGAUUGAGGUUCAAUCUUAAAGUCAUUUUACCCUCAAUUUUCAAGCCCUUUAGUUAUGA